CACAAUCUGAAACCGAAAGCAGUGAAUGCGGACGUAAUUGAUGUGUUAGCGCGCAAAGAGAGUGCCUCUCAUUGGUUGUUGACUGGUGUCGGUUGACUCUCGUGAACGAUUGGCGCAAAGCAUUCAUUCAUUGACACAACGAUUCAAACGAAAGCAACGACUCAUCCAUUCAUUGCAUGCAGUGUUCAACUCAUUGUCAAUGUCUUCACACAGUCUUCAUAACCACAUCUGAAUCAGUGAUCACUCGCAUCUCAUCCAACCAUCGCAGCAAUGGUGCCGCCACUGCGCGAGAGACCAGCGAAGACCCCGUCGAAGAAGACGGCGCCUCCCACUCGACCCAAACCUACCCCUCAGAACAGGUCCGCCAAAGAGCCCGUCCAAGUGUUCUGUCGGUUGAGACCUCUUAGCAAUUACGCGGAUGUGGUGGCCGUCCAUCGCGUGGCCACUAAUAACACAUUACUUCGUUUGUCUCCUCCCGACAAACGCAAUGAACUCUUCUAUAAAUUCAAACAAGUCUUCAGCGAAAACACGUCUCAGAAGGAGAUCUUUACGGACAUAGCGUUGCCAUUGGUCUCCGAUUUAGUGAACGGCAAAAACGGCCUUCUGUUCACGUAUGGCAUCACCUCUUCGGGCAAGACGUAUACCAUUGCGGGAACGCCUUCAGAGCCGGGAAUACUUCCCCGUUCUCUGGACUUACUGUUCAAUACAUUGAUUCAAAACAACAUUCAGAGCCGUAAAUAUGUGUUCAAACCGGACGGCAGUAACCAUUUCGUGAUUCAGGCGACGCCCGACGCCAUCCUUCAGAGCCAGAGAGAGCAGAGGGAGAGAAACGUCUUGAAGACACCAUCACAGCCGACAUUCACUCCAAGAGCCACGCGUUCGGCCAAAAAGAAGGAGAAUAACGAGGAAUGGGACCAACGGUUCAGGGAAUCGACAGUCAUUUCGGACAUAAAUUGUGAUAACCAUUACGCCAUCUUUAUAUCAUAUGUCGAGAUCUACAACAACUAUAUCUACGACUUGUUGGACGAGACCACUGAUUACCUCAAAGCCAUACGUCAGCCGCAGUCGAAAGUGUUGCGCGAAGACGCCAGACGUCGAGUGUUUGUCAACACCGGCACAGAAGUGGAGGUGAAGAGUGCCGACGAGGCGUUCGAGCUCUUCAUAAAAGGCGUCCGAAGGCGUCGUAUGGCACACACGAGCCUCAACACCGAGUCGAGUCGCUCGCACAGCGUGUUCACCAUUCGCGUGGUUCAGGCGCCCAUCGAUGCCAACGGCGCUGAAGUGAUCCAAGACGACCGCUUUCUGGUGACGAGUCAGCUAUCGGUUGUCGAUUUGGCCGGAAGUGAGCGAACGGUUCGCACCAAAAACACUGGCGAUCGGCUUCGAGAGGCCGGAAGUAUUAACAACUCGUUAAUGGCUUUACGUAAUUGUAUCGAUAUUUUGCGAGAAAACCAGAUGAACGGCACCGCCAAAGUGGUUCCCUAUCGCGACAACAAGUUAACCCAUUUAUUCAAAAGCUAUUUCGAAGGCGAAGGAAAGGUUAAAAUGAUUAUAUGUGUCAACCCUUCACUCGACGAUUACGACGAGACUUUGCAUGUCAUGAAGUUUGCGGAACACUCUCAGGAUGUGUUGAUUUCAAGAAGUGUCAAUCGAUUUAAUUUUCGCCAAACAGUCCCAAAACUAUUCGACAAUUUGGGUUCAGUUGACUUGGCGGCCAUUAACGUGGUGGGGCCUGCCUUUCCUAAUUGCUAUCUCGAAGAUCCAGAAGACGAUAAAGUGUUCCCCGAAUGGAUUGAAUGCUUAGAACAACGAAAGAGGAAUAAAGAGAUGAAAUUCGAGGCACACAAACAGAACCAACUGAUUGUCCGGCAAAGAGUGGCUGAGAUGGAGAGAGAGAACAUGUAUUUGAAAAACCAGUUGUCUGUAAUGCAGAUGGAUUUGGCCGCCAGAGAGGGUCAGGUCAAAGACUAUGAGAAUAAAUGCUUUCAAAGUGAAAGGUAUGGCGAGUCUUAUCAAAAGAAAAUGUCAGAAAUGGACCGCAAUUUGAAAGCAAUGCAACAGUGUUUGGACGACAAGUGCAGAGAAUUAAGUACUUCAGAGCUCGAGAAGGAGCGCAUGAAAGCCAAGAUGAGGGAAAGGCUGGACUCGGAAAGGGAUCGACUGAAGAGUAUAUUCGAGCGCAUUCUGGCUGAGAAGCAGAGCCAACUGGAAAGGGAGCAAUGCGUCGCCAAAGAUAAGAUGAAUUUAGUGAAGCAGAUAUUGAACGCCGACUCCAACACCGACUACUUCCGCGACUAUUUUAUGUAUCCCACCUCUCACUCAGCCCUUAGACCCAGUGUUCCCAAUGCGCCCUCCAAUCCCUCCAACGGUAUCGACAGUCAGGCGAGUACUCGGACUCCACAAGCGAAGUACGAUUUGGCCGUCAAUUCAAACACUAAGUCGAGUACUCCUCAAACUAUUGGGAGUUUAGGAGGCGAUGGAACGCCAGCUCACAAUCCCCCUCCAGUUUGCAAUCCGAGACACAGGCGUUCCCUUUCAAGCGGUACUGAGCGUUGGAUAGAUCACAGACCCGCCGGUACUAUCGAAUUGGGAACAGUAAUGCGACCGAAAAUCAAAAACAAGAAAUCGGUCUCUAAUUUGAAGGCCGCAGACAUAAAAGACGCCUCAAAGUAUGCGCUGACACACCACGAGGCAGACAUCAAUGGACAGGUAGAGACUCAGGUAUUCAAAGGAGAAGUGAUUCCUUCGAGCAGUGGUGGCUCACAAGUCAUCUUCAACGACGUCGAGACUCUAAAACAAGGCUCCCCUCCCAUUAGGAAACGGACUGUUAGUGACACUCGACUCUUGUCUCCCAAUUUGGCUGCCAAUCAAGUGAUCACAUCAGCCGAACUCCACAACCAACCGGUCAACCCUUUCUCUAAACGAAGUCGCCGUUGAUUUCUAUAGAAUUUAAUUCAUGUUUUAAAACUCAAUUUAUAUCAAAACAGUAUUUAAAUGAUUAUUUUAUUACUUUUAUGCUUUAAGUCUCUUUGAAU